GCAGCUCGACAACCCACCACGAAGACCAUGACUCCAUCUCUGCAGAUAUUCCAAUGCACCCUGGUUCUCUGGCGGUGAAUCCAAGCCUCGAAUUCUCCAUCGAUAUUUCCUCCGCCAUAGCCACCCAUGGCAAUUCCUUUGCCCGCACAGCUUCCGACAUGGCUCAGACAUUUUUGCCUGUCGUCCAGGCCGUUGCAGGUGCAAUUCCAGUUGCCGGUCCUGCGAUGCAAGCCGCUAUCAGUGGAUUAUUGUCAAUCCUUCAAAUUGUAGAUAGACGUACUCAGAAUCAGGCGGACCUAGAUCGCCUCAGAACACGACUUCGUCGACUAAGCUUAUAUCUGUACAACGCCCCGUCCACCCAGGAUCCCUUUGAACAAGACCGGAGAGAUGCGAUAAUGAAGAUGCUGCUAGACAUACAUGCCAAAGUAACACAGUUGUGCAACCGUGGUCUUGUAUACACAUCUGUCACACAGGACAUCGUUGGAUGCUCCAGCGAAAUAGAGGAUUAUCUGGCGGAUUAUUCGUGGUCAUCUCAAAUGCAAAAUCAACACGACAUCAACGAAGUGCGGAAAACUCUGGAGAAGCAACACGAAAUCUUGAUGGGAAUUGGGAGCAUGGUCUUCACUGGGCAAUCCUCUGUGGGGCCGAUUGUCACACUUGGCUUUGUCACACUUGUAGACGCAACAGACCGCUCACAUACAAUACCGAUGGACGUCUGCGACUCGUUUGAGCGAUUCAAUGAGCAGCUGCAGCUUCUAUUCAAACACAACUCGAACCAAGCUCAAAUUCAGAGACGGUAUAUGGAGCAAGGACAAUACGAUUUUUGCAUUGACAACGACAAGCAAGUAAUCCAACUUACAAGCCAUGAAUGGCCAAGAAUCGAAGCAGGCAUGACGAUCGUCAUGAGGGUCAUCCUUGAACAAGAGACGCGGCCUGAAGUUGAAUACCAAUGUCAUUUUUGCGGCGCUGUCAAUCGCGUUGGCGCGGAGCCUUCACUUCGACCUCAUGCUGGUUGCUCGAUCAAUUGCCGAGUAUGCAAACGACGAUUUCAGAUCUCCCGCGGAAACAGUUCAAAGCAGAAAACACAAUCCUGCAUUGGCUACAUCCCCGGAACUGAAGCAGAGAUGCACCUUAUUCGCAACUUUCAUGUCCAGCAAACGCGCAACAACCCUAACCCUAACCUGUAUGCUGAUGGUGCUCUGGCCGUGUCCCGCUCUCAGUUGAAAGUGCGUGGUCUCGUCUUUUACGUUGCUUAG